AUGACUCUAGCAGAAUUUUUCAGUUGUUCGUUGCUCGCCUUCGGGGCUCCUUUAGCAAUGUUCGCGCUCACUAUUGCCAACGAUCCGGUGCGAAUCAUCAUCAUGAUAGCAGCUGCCUUUGGUUGGUUAUUAUCGUUUCUGGUUUCAUCAUUAGUGUGGUAUGCUGUUGUGCCCCUGCGAUCACAUCUAGCAUUUGGUAUGGUUUUUGCGGUUAUUAUUCAGGAAGUCUUUCGUUAUGGCAUGUAUCGUCUUCUAAGAAAAACUGAAGCAGGAUUAAAAGAGAUCUCCGAAAACCAUGAUAUUGGCACAAAUAAGAUGGAAAUGGCAUAUGUAUCUGGGCUUGGAUUUGGAACGAUGAGUGGUGCCUUUGCUCUAGUCAAUGUACUUGCUGAUUCAGUUGGUCCUGGAACUCUGGGCCUUUAUAAUGGGACUGAAUUCUUCUUUGUGACAAGUGCAGCAAUGACUCUCUGCAUGAUACUCCUGAACACAUUCUGGAGCAUAAUUUUCUUUAGUGGCCUUGACGAAAAAAGCCAUAUUAAGAUAGUGUGGGUUGUUGGUUCCCACUUCUUCGUUUCUGGCUUGAGCCUAUUAAACCGUAAUCAGUUCUAUGCUGCAACAAUUCUACCUUCCUACAUUGUGUUAGUUGCAACAGCAGUGAUGGCAUUCAAAUCUGCUGGUGGUACUGGUAAAAGCCUGAUGCAAACCCUGUCAUCCGGAUCA